ACUACCCAAUCCACCCCAUGGGGGGAGUCAAUACUGGUGUCAGCCCUAGUCUUCGAACAUAAUAAGCUCGAUGACUACUGGACUGUCGUCGAGGAUGGCGUGUGGGAUGUUGCCCAGCCUAUUCCACAUCACCCAGGUGGUGCUUCGGCUGUGCACUACGGCCAAGACCAGCGUGAUGUCUUACACUGCGUUCUAGUCAUCCCGAAUGCAAACGCCUCCGCACCAACGUCCGAAGAAGUGGGCCAAGCAACGCCGCCGCCACUGAACGACAUGGAACAUGUGCGACAUAUACUAUCUCGUUACCGUCGAGUUACGAAGAACGUUGCUGUUGUGGACACAUCGGGCUCCGUGCUGAACAUCCCCGUCAAGUACGAAUCCCGCGAGCGGCUCAAGGUGGACGACUCUGGCGACACCAUCAUCAGCCUCGUGACGGGCCAGCGCUUCGUGGCCGACAAGUAA